CUUCUUCUUCUCUCUCUCUAUAGAGAGAGAGAGAGAGAGAGAUAUGGCUGGAGCUAGGCAAUGGAAUAUUCCAUAUUCAACAUCAGGAAAGAUCAUCGACAAAUUCAUUUCCAUACCCAUUGUAUCUUCUUCCAAGAGAAAUGAUCUCCCAAUGGUACCGAAAAAGAAGAGUAAACCACGUCUGAUCACUAUAUCGCCGUCGGCCGACGGAAAAUGGCACGGGAAAUGGGACUGCGACUAUAUGUUCUCGUUGCAAGAAUUGCAUUUGCAUGAUUUGUGUGACGAUAUUCAACAAGACACGCACGUUUCCCUCAACCUCUCCGUCCAGAAGCAUGCUGGACUUGGGCUGUCAGUUGAAGGAAGGAUCAAAACAUGCUUCACCACAAAAUGCUGCAAUUGCUUCUCCCCCUAUUUAAGAGAGGUAUAUAUAUAUGUAUUACACCUACAUCCCUCAAGUAUGCUAAAAUAACUUUAAGGUCCCUGUAGUAUCGGUAA